AUGGCAACUGUCGGUGGUAGUGAUGACAAUGAAUGGCAAAAAUUGCCACCCGAUCAAAAAGUUCAGCAUAAAGCAUGGAAGGCUCGUAUGACUGGUUAUGAAGAAUGUAUUAAACUUUUUCGUGCACAACCUUCUGAUCAAAGUCCUGAAUUUAAUAAAUAUGUUAAUCUUAUGAAAAAGUUUGUCAUUGAUUCAAAUGAAAAUGCGCGUGAGAAAGCACUCGAUGCUGUAUUUGCUUUUGUUGAAGAAGCAAAUGUAGCCGGAAAAGUUGUUAACGAUGUUGCAUCUGGUUUAAUAGCGAAAUGUUUAAAUUCACGUUCAAAAAUGAGAGAACGUGGAUUUGAAAUUUUAUUAAUGUACAUUGAAAUAGAAAAACAAAUUGAAAUUGAAGAUGAACUUGUUAAAGGUCUUGAAAAUAAACAGCCAAAAAUUGUUCAAGCGUGCCUUGAAAUACUUCGAAAAGGCUUAUCUGUAUUUGGGUCAAAGAUCCUUCCAAUAAAACCAUUUCUUAAACAAGUUAUUCCUUUGCUCGACGAUAGAGAUAAAACUGUACGAGACGAAUCAAAAUUAUUACUUGUUGAGGUUUACAAAUGGAUUGGAAAGCAAACACUAACACCAAUGAUACAAAAUGUUAAACCUAUUCAAAUGCAAGAAUUACAAACUGAAUUCGAAAAGUUAGAUUUAAAUGGUGCUGAUAAACCUCGACAAACACGUUUUCUUCGCUCACAACAAGAUCUUAAAGAAAGAAUAGAAGGCACAGCUGCAGCUUCAUCAAUAGUUGUUGAUGAUACUAAUAUUGAAAUGCAAGAAGAUUUAGAUCCAUUUGAAAUGAUCGAACCAGUCAACAUUCUUGAACGAUUAUCGAAAGAUUUUUUUGAGAAACUUGAGUCUAAACAAUGGAAAGAUCGAAAAGAAGUUCUAGAUGAUCUAUUGACAUUACUGACUCAAAACCCUAAACCAAAACCAGAUAGUGAUUAUUCCGAACUAGUUAAAGUAUUAAAAAAGAUCAUUACUAAAGAUAGUAAUAUAACUGUUGUUCUUGUUGCUGGAAAAUGUUUAACAGCAUUAGCGAAAGGUUUAAGAAAAGCAUUUAAAAACUAUGCACUUGGCACUAUUGAUGUUUGUCUUGAUCGAUGUCGAGAGAAAAAAACGAAUAUCCUUGAAGUCUUCCGUGAAGCAUGUGAAGCUGCUUAUCCCGCAACUAAUCUUGAACAAUUGUCUGAAAUAGCUGUAGUUUUACUCGCUCAUAAAACACCUAUUGUUCGCCAGAGUACACAUCAAUUUUUUACCAAAUGUUUUUCUAUGGCAACGCAAGCAACAUUAUCAAAGAAAAUAUUAAAAAUAUAUUUAGUAUCAUUAAUAAAAAAUACAGGAGAAGCUGAUCAAUCUGUACGCGAGAGCGCAUUUGAAUGUCUUGGUAUGUUAUGGAAAUGUCUUGGUGAAAAACAUAUUCUUCCCAAUUUAGCUGAUAUGGAUGAAUUAAAAUUAAAUAAAAUUAAAGAAUAUGCCGAAAAAUCAGUUCUAUUAAAUCUUCGAGGUGAACCCCGUUCGACUGCUCCUGUAAGUAUGAUCAAUGGGGCUAGUAGUUCACCUGUCAGCCCAAUAAUAAUAAUAAAACAGAAACCGACAAACAUACAAGUAACUGUUGAUAAACACGAUGAAGAACCAACACAAUCAAAACCAUCUGUCGUAAUCAAGAAAAAGCCGAUAGUAGUAAUAGCUAAACCUCCUACUCCUCCUCCUCCUGCUUCGCCGACAAAAAACGAAUUAUUAGAAGAUAAGAAAAAAGAAGCACGGCCACCCAAAACCGCUGCAUCAAUAACGACUACAGCACCUCGUGUUGCUUCAUCACGAAGUAAACCAACAGUUGCAAAUACAUCUACAUCAAAUAUAAAAUUAACUCUUCCAAAAGCUCGACCAGCUACUGCUCCACCAACAAAAUCAACACUAUCGCCACCAACAAUAACAACAACGAAUACACAACGUUUAGUACCCAUUGUUCAAACUUCAACAACAAAAAUUCGAGCUAAACCUCCAGUAUCAACAAAUCGACGUUCAUCAUUUGGUUCAACACUUUCAUCAUCAACAUCAAAUCUACAACGUCAAUCAACAUCAACGAACGGUUCAACAUCAUCAUUAAGUAGUACAAAUACACAAACAUCAAUACCAUGUACGCGCCCAGAAACACCAACAUCAUCGACAACAAUGAAAAUACUUCGAUCAGUUUCAAAUGAUGUUAUAUCAUCACCAAAUCCAUCAACUAAUAAUGGAAAAAGUCGUAUACCUAUACGAGCAAUACCUAUAAGUAGUAUUGUCAAGAAAUCAUUAACUUAA